CUGAAACUUAACUGUGAAAAGUGGAAGGAUGAAAGUUUUAGACUUGGCGGGUGAAUUAACAACACAGUCUAAGCGGCAUCGUAUCGUUUGUCAGUUAUCGCUUAUUAUUAAGUGUAAGCACAUCUUUUGUACUUGCUUAGUCGUCGGCUGACGUUUUUCUUCCUUUUCCCACUUCCAGAUUCUCAUCAAUAAACUCACACCCCCUGCAACAACGUGCGAACCUACGUACAGCUGGUCGUUACAACUAUCUGUCGUGACGAGAGCUUGUCCUUUCUUCAUUGUCGUUGUUUCAAGUGAUGAGCCUGUCUUCAAAGUUAUACUGUCUGCGCUGCCUCACCGGCCCGAUUGGUUUUGCACCCAUUUCCAGAUCUUCCUUAGGCUUAUUGCGACCAGCACUUAUUAUUCGUUCAACCAAAGCAGCCAAAGGUAGCACCAGCGGACAAGUUCGUAAGCAAGCUGAAAAGGAGAUGCAAUCUUUCUGGGAAAAGAAUAUUUCUGCUGAGCGACCAUGGUCCCCCCACCUUCAAGUUUACUCAGCGCCAUUGGUUAUGAGAUUCUCAUUUCUCCAUCGAGCGACUGGUAUUGCCAUGUCUGUUGUUUGGUCGUCUGUGGGGAUCGCUGCUUUCUUUUUCACUGGCCACUAUGGUGCCGUGCUUGAUUACAUUAAGAACAUGCAUCUGGGUACUGCCGUCACAACUGCAUGCAAAUUCCUCUUGUGCUACCCGUUGGUGUAUCACUAUUUAAAUGGAAUGCGACAUUUGGCUUGGGAUUAUGCCAUAGGCUUCCCGAUCAAAACGUGCAACACAACUGGGUUCAUUGCACUAGGAUUAUCCUUAGUUAUUUCUGCAGUUUUGGCAUGCAUUCGAUUAUAGUAUUACCCAGGGAAUUAUUUUUGGAGCAGAAUAGUACCAAUAUUUAAGAUGUUUGUUUUGUGGUUUUAAUGAUUAUAUGUAGUCAAAACAAUACCUAGUUCGUAAAUGAUUUUCACCACUUAUAUUUGUGUUAUUUUUGCCAAAUACAUAAAUACCUCUAAACUAAAGAUUCGAAAGAUUACUCGUUACAGUAAGUGCGUGUUGAAUGACAUACAUAUCGUGGUAGAACUAUUUCGAUGAUUUUUGGGAGGAUUAUAAAACUGAACUGAUAUGAGGACUACCGAGGUAUAUUGAACCUCUUGUAAGUCUUGUUGUUUUUCUUUUUCAACACAGUAUAAACCUUCUGAAUUGGGGUAUGUAUAGUCAAGUCCUUAAUAGGUUCUCAUAAAGAUGCGAAGUUUUAUGGUUUCAGAAUAUAUUUGCGUAAGUCUUCACUACCACUUAACAUCUGAUAAUUUCAAAGGUCCUAUAACAAUUUACAAUGGUUCAUUUUACGUGGGAAAAUAGUGCUGUGCUUUAAACAACACCGGCGUUUUUGAACACAGUCACUUUUUGUUCGAGUCAUGCUGUAUUGCUAUCCUUCAAAAUCGCAAAGCCUGUGUGCACUGCUUCCAAACUUCGCUUAGGAAACUCAUUGGUCUACUAGGUGGUUGGCUCCAACCUUUCAGUUCUCAUCAAACAGAGAUGCUGAUUAGUAUUUCACCUAUGAGUUAUUUGAACUGAUGGAGAAUAUUUGUAGCUCAGGUGAAUGGUCUUGAUUGUACGCAUUACUCUGCGAGAGCAUUUUAAGAAGAAAAGCGUAGUCCACCCUUUCAUACCCUCUUGUUCGGUUGUCAGAAACUAAAUGUUUGUAGCGACCAGUAAAGACUAAUUAUAAAAUAAAGAAUUCUGGGAGUUGAAUUGCGGAUCGGUAUUACCAUUCGUAUUUACAGAUAAAUCUUUUGGUAUAUGGCUUCUUAUACAAAACCGCUCUUACCUAGUUGUAAUGUUUCUAAAGCAGUAGUAUUUUGUUUGUUUUUGACGAACUUUACAAACUGAAAUAAUCUUGCGAUCAAAUGUACCAUCUACCAAUAUAAUUCUUGUUUGGAUAAUGAAGAGGAAUGCAGUGUUAAGUAAAUAUUACUUUUUAAAAAAUCACUUAGUUCAGUUAAUUACAAAUGAUGUUACGGUAUGCAACAUUUUGUGUCAUUUACAGUUAGUUCAAAAUGGAAAUAAUGCUCUGUUAUUACGCUAAAUCCUUUUUUUUUGCAGCAUAUAUAAAUUUGUUGCAUUUGUUUCCAUUUUGUCAGUACCGUGCAAAGUAUAAGCUGGUGAUGGUCAGAAUACUGAAUAACAGAAACAGGUUCGUUUGUAGUGACACAUUGGACGAGGUAUUGGCGACUGUGUUUUGCGAACCUAGGAAAAUAAAUCAAAAGGUUAUGUCGUGUUAUUAAAUUAGACUAAGAAGAAAAACCCGUUAUCAACCAGUCAGCUGUUGAUUACAAAGAACUGGACGUACAUUUUACUCCAUUCUAGAAGUAUUUGGGAAUAAAUGCCAUUAGUUUCUCCGGAGAUGAAGCUGAAGUUAAGGAAUUUCUGGAAAGCGUCACACUAGACGUUUCCAAACUUGGAUUUCUUUUCCAUCUUAGCGACUUGUGUCAAAAUUAAAGACAGUCGCCCUGAAUGAAGGUGAGCGGAAGUACAAAACCGUUUAAAAAUGAACCUACGGCUAGUUACUAAGUGUGAAUAAAAGUGUGCAGACGUUUAUAGAGGCACUGGUUUUGCAGCGUGGCAGCCCCUGUUCAGAAGGGGUGACAUUUCUACCUACCGUCGUGAGAAUAAUAAGUCCGGUUUUGGUAUUUUGCAAACUUCGUAUCUGUAGAAAAAAGAAAACUGAAUUUGUUUUGACUAACAAAGGUCAUAUUGGCUAUUCAAAAUUUGGUAAUUGUAAUUAUUAAUGCGACCUCUAAAGUUAUCAUUUCGGAAGUGUUUGUUCCCAACUAACAUUUUCGGUAAUUUUUAUCUAAUUUUACUAUCAAGUAUGAUCUGGAAACACAGUAUCCAUCUUUUUUAUUUGUACAUUUAUCAAUUUUACUUAGUGUUUCUAACCCGAUUGUAUUUUGGCUCCCCGUACAACAUGCUCUGACAAGUAAAUAUUUGAUGGGACUGCUCAAAAUGUAUUACUCAAAUCUAUCAUUUCCCCAUUGUUAUUCGGUUUACACUGAGGUAGACAACAAACCUUGAGGUAGUCAAGAAAGCAUAUAUCAUUAGACUGUGAAGUCGCUUACUGUCUAUUUGAACCGCGUAGGCAUCAUUCUGAGUGCUAGAAAUCAGUUACUGGUAGUGACAUCACCGAGAGCAGACCGUCCUGUGAAUCAUUUCAUUUUCUCACCUUCACAUUUCGAACAUACCCCAUUUUUGCAAAUACGUCAGCUGCUCAUAAUUUCACUUGAACUGUGAAGUAUUUUAUUAUUGUUGUUUGGUCAUGAAUAUUUUUUGCAGACCUGGUUAUAUCGACAUUCUUAAGACCUGAUAUAAUUCUUCUAUAGACUCAACGUUUUGCAAACCAUUUAUGCGUAUUCAAACUGUUGAUUCUGUUGUGUGAAUUCAUCUUGAUUGUGAGAGUUGUAUAAUUUGCACAGGGUAUGCCUGGUGAGAACAGUUAGUGAAACACAGUUAUCAACAUAUUCUUCCACUUUGAACUACUAUUGAAUCCAUUAUCCCAAGUAUUCCUUACUAGAUAGUUUUCGAAGAAUCCCACGGAAAUUAGUCUCCUUUCGGCGUUGGGAUUAAAUUAUAGUCCUUGAUCUUUUUGUAAGCAUCACAUUUUGCUGGCAAUAGUGUCAACAUACUGACUAACAUAAUCAGCGGAAGACCUCGCACACAGGUACAUCGGUUCAGGUUGCCUUUCUUUAUUCGGAUGUUGAAAGCUCCUACAUGAAAUCGAUGGCGGGGUCUUUGGAAAUUAGGAACAAGGUUUCUAUGGCUGGGGUCGUUCCCAAAGGUCGCAGAGUGAGAGGUUGGGAAAGUGUAAGAAACCUAAUAUUAGUAUCACGAGGUAAAGGCAAAGGAGGAGACAGAGUUGAGGCGGAUAGGUUAUGUUUGAUUGGGUGUUGUGUACUACUGGAAGCAUGCUGGCGGUUAACACUUUCCGACUGCUCACACGAAGGUGCCUGAAAGAGGAAAGGACUUUUGUGACCGCAGAGCCCAUGGGACAUUUGCUUGGAACUUGUUACACAUAGCGUUUUGUGAGUUGUUGUUUGGGGAUUGGUUGUUUUGACGCUAGAUAGAGAAAACAUACUGGGAAACCGUGGGGCAGGGCGGGAUGGGGUAUUUUUGGGGCCAACCUUACUUAACUCCCUUCUUUCAGUACGGAAGGGAAAGUCAGCGUGGCACUACUGGUCAUCCAAGACAGACCUUACUGCUGUCACACCCCAUCCUGCUAGCAGCAGUAUGACGUCCUCAGACCCCCACAUAGUAUAGUAACUUACGCUACAACGGCAACUGCUUUUCUUAUCACUAUCCAGCAGACAUUUCUGACAUGGUAGGACCUCGAGGGAAUAGGCGUUCCAGCCAGUGUAGCUCUCUGGGCCAUUGUGAUAUACAAUUCAGAUCACCACGUCAAGGUAGCAGCUAUCGACUGGCUGUCAGCAUAACUGGAAUUCAUUUGAAUUUCUAUAUUUUGUAAUUAAAGUUCAACAAAUGACAUGGCUUGAAGAACAUCAUUGAUAAGCAGCAAUAGUGUUUUAAUAUUAUGGCUUGUAAUUCUUCGUUAUCGAUUGGGCCGAAUUGAUCGGCGUCCUGGAUUCCACUGCUUACUGCUAUUCAUCAUUACCACCAAAAACGUUUUUUUUAAACUUUAUUUUUUGGUCUAAACAUAUCCGAUCAUUCAAUUAUAAUGAAUUCUUCCGUCUUUCAGGUUAGUUACCUAUUUUUUCCUGUUGUCCAAUAAUCCUAUCAUGGUUCAUGCGUGCUUUUAUUAUAUAGUAAGAUGACUGAGGAAAUCCAGUACUAGUGGUUUCAAAGUCUUCUCAACAACAAAGUUCCCUUUAGUACAAGUAACGGGACUUUCGCUCUUACUUUAUUUUAUAUUGUUUCUGUACAGAAAGUAAUAUAUGUCAGGUCUCUUUUGUGCGCUGUCAUUUGUUGGAUAGUACAGUAGUUGGCGUUCUUUAACAUUCGAAUUACGUUCAGUUCGUGAUAAUUCUAAAAAAUAUAGUCUUUUUGAAGAAUAUAUUCAUUUUAUAUGUAAUGCAAACCUAACAUUUUCAAUGAUAGAUGCACCUAUACAUUACGUGUAACCAGUGAUUGUCUACUUUAAUUUAUAAUUUUAUCGAGUGUUCUACCAACUGGGGUUAAAAACUUGAAAUGUUAAUUCUCCAAAUAAACUUAUCUUAUUAGUCCAGAAGUCAAUUAUUGUGUGAAUUUAGUUUUUCAAUCACCUGUCAACAACUCAUUGGCUGGGUGAAAA